UUUCCCCAAAUCCGUCGACCUCCCUCCGUCCCAUUUCAAACCCCAACAGAAGAUCUCACCCCACAUCCGCAAUGCCGCCCGUGCGCCGCCGCCGCCGCACCACCCCAGCCGCCGCCGCCGACGGGUCAGCCCCCUCCUCUUCCGCCGACCUCCUCGCCCUGGCCGCCACCCUCCUCCCCACUCCCACCGCCGCCGCAGCUCUCAAGACCCCUCCCCACCUCAAGCACACCGUCCACUCCCUCCCCGACUCCCACCCGGUCCUCCUCUCCCUCCCGCAAACCCUAGCCCAAGCCCUCUCCCCCGACCCGGACCCCGGCGCCGUCUCUCCCCGCGCCGCCGCCGCCGUCCUCCUCCACCUCCUCCUCACCCCCCCCUCCCACCCGCCGCGAUGGGACGACCUCCUCCGCCCGCUCGCGCUGCUCCACGACCGCCUGGCGCUCCUCGCCACCGAGGACCCGCCCGUCGCCGCGCUCGCCGCCUCCUGCUUCGAGCUCGCCUGGCGCGCCGGGGCCCCGGGGCGCGACGCGCUCGUCGCCCAGACCCUGCCGUACCUCUUCUCCCAGGCGCUCACCUCCGGCUCCAACGCCAGGCCGCUCCUCCGCCGCCUCUUCGCCCUCCGCGAGGCGCUGCACCUGCUCGACUACACCGACGAGAGCAUCUCGGACUUCAAGGUGCUCCUGCUGCGCUGCUUCGUGUCCCCCCACUUCCUCAAGGCCGAGGAAGGGAGGAAGCUCCUCGCGCUGGUGCUCGGGGUCAGCGAGGGGCUCGCCAGGGAGGGGCUGGAGUUCAUAAGGGCCCAGGUGGGGAUGAUGCGAGGGAGGCGGGCGGCCGUGGUCGCCUACGGCGAGGUGGUGUUCAGAGCGUGGAAGGACGGAGGGUGGGUCAGAGGGGAGAUUGGGGAAGGGUUUCUGCAGGGGAUGGUCGAGGCAGCUGUCCAUGCCGCUGACAAGGAGGUGGCCAAGGCUGCCAGGAGGAUACUUUGGGCGUUCGUCGAGCAGAAGGCAGUGGCUGGAGUUGAGAAGUUGGUCUUCAGGCUGUCCGAGCCUGUGCUGUUCCGGUCAUUGCAGGUUGCAAACUCUAAUGUUCGCCGUAAUGCUUUACAUCUUCUACUGGAUUUAUUUCCCCUUGAAGACCCAGAUGUGACAAAGGAUGUCAAUGAUCCUCUGUUAGAGAAGCAGUUCUUCCUUCUAGACAAACUUCUCAUGGAUGACUGCCCAGAAAUACGGGCAGUCACAGUUGAAGGAAUUUGCCGUAUUCUUAACCAGUUUUGGGAAGUUAUUCCAUCGCCAACCAUUUCAAAAAAAUUGAGUAAAAUUGUUGAUGACAUGUCCAAAGAUUCUUGCAACGAAGUUCGUCUAUCAACACUGAAUGGUCUGAUAUACUUGCUUGACAAUCCACAAAGUCAUGACAUACUGAAAGUGCUACUUCCAAGAUUAAGCGAUAUGGUUUCUGAUCCUGCUUUAUCUGUCAGAGCUGCUGCUGUAGAUCUCCUGUUAGCUAUUCGUGAUCUUCGAUCUUUCCAGUACAAUAAGGUUGUUGGUUUGGGUACUCUAUUAUCUUCACUUGCGGAUGAUCAUCCCCGUGUUGCUAAAAAAAUCACAGAGCUUCUCAUCCCUUCUUACUUUCCAUCUAAGUUGCCUUUGAAAGAAGCAUGUGCUCGCUGCAUUGCACUCAUAAAGAGAUCACCGGCAGCUGGGGCAAGGUUCUGUGAAUUUGCUCUGUCUGAAGGAUCAUCCCCGCGGUCUCUUGUUGAGUUUAUCAAAGUCUCUAUUACUCUGGCAUUGUCACCAUCAGGAUUGAACUCAGCGCAGACUGAUGGUCUUGUUAUUGCUUCCGCCAAACUAAUAAAAAGCUUAUCUGAUGAAGGCUCUAGUUUGGUUGCUUUGAGAGAGUACUUUACAAAUGCUAAACUGAAGCUGCUCUUUAAAACUGCAGUUUCUGGUGGUGCCCAGGCUGCUCUUCUCAGCAUGGUGCCAGCGAUAUCACCUGAUCUAUGUGUGUUACAUAUCGAAUGCAUGAACAUAAUUGUGAAUGCUGCUGUGACUUCCAAGCAGGAAGAAUGUCAAGAAGCAUUGCUGGCAGCACAUAAGCUAGUACAUUUGAGUGGCCGUUCUGAUGAAAUGUUUGAAGAAUUGACUAAUAUUUUGCAAUCUAAAGCCUCUUAUUUUUCUGGGAUGCAUGGACUUGAACCUCCAUCGUGCCCUGUGGCAUCUACAAAGAGGAAGAAAGGGAAGUCGCUUAAGAAAACACCAGCAAGAUAUGACGAUGUGGAUGGAAAUAGGUCAUCCACAUCAGUAAUCCUGAGUAAUGAAGAACUUACUGCUGUAGGGGGAGCAGCAUGGCAGCUCAAUGAAAUACUAAAAGCAGAGGAAAUGAGAGCUGCUUUUCUGCAUUCUUAUGCAGAAAUUGCAUUUUCUUCUCUGAAGGUCAUUUCUCAAGUGUACAUUGAGCAAUGCCUACAUUUUGAAUCUCUAGACCUCUCUCCAGUGUUUGCUUAUUUGAGUUUGGCUACAUAUAGUGCUCUUCAGGAUGUUGAUCAAACAGACAUGAGCUGCUCUGAGUCGACAGUUGUCAACCAGUCACUGGACCAUCUGCUGAGAUGCUAUGACAGAUUUGUAAAUGGAUCUGUUACUGUUUCCACUGACUCAACGUCAACAUUGAACAAGAAUAAGAAAUCUGCAGAACAUGAACAUCAGCAGCAUGUCACCCCUGAAGCAUUUUGUACAGGAAGUCCAGCAGAAGGCACAAUAAAUGUGAUUAUGCUUGGCACUUCAAUUCUUAAGUUCAUUGUCGAUACGACAACCAUCAAGCUGGUCAAUGAGAGUAAAGUAAGAUGUGUGGGAUUUGCAUCAUCUUACACAAAAUAUGCAGUAUCAGCCAUGAAAAGGCACAGUGAGGGCUCAUCUUUCAAUGGGGACGAUCUGAAAGACAUACUGAUCCUUACACGAAGCUCCUUCACUUACGCAGCCAAGCUGCUUCAUUUGGUGCUAGCAAGCUCAACCGAGUCGUCGAGUCCCCCAGAGGAGGCCUUCCUCCUUGCCAAUAAUCUUCUUGAUCUUGUACCUGCUGUCGAAUCAUUUGCAGGCCCGAGAUUUGCUCUCACAUUAGUUUCAGUCGUAAAACAGUGGCUGCCAGUCCUGAUAUUGGGCCUUGGAUGCCGCUGGUUGAUCGGGCCAGAAAGUGAGAUGGCUAACAAGACGUGCAACUUGGGUGACUCCGACUUACCACUGUGGGUUGCUGCUCUGGCCAAAAACGAGCUGUUUGAGGCUGAGGAACCCAGGGAGGAUGAUCAGAGUGAGCAGGGGAACGAGCACGAGGAGUCGCCGUCGUCCAGAAAGCUAGCAGAAACGAUGGUGACCCUGCUGAGGAAAGGAAGCCCUAAAAUCCUGGAUUCUGUGGGUGGCAUUUUGCUUUCCAACCUCCAGUUGGCGCUGCAGAGAGCGGAGCAUGGCAUCGUCUUAGGCUUGGCACGCUUUGUUUGUGACAAGCUGCUUGGGAGCAGCAGCAGCAGCUCGUCAGCCUCUCAGAACCUGCAGCUCACUCGUGAUUCUUUGCGCGAGAGCUUCUUUGAGAUCGACAGGCAUUGCAAGGAGGAUGGCAGAGUUGACGAUGAAUGUUCAAGGCAGCAGCUGGAGAGUGCAAAAGUAUUGAUAUCCUCAGUCCUCCCCUAUGAUGCAUGCAGUCAGACGAGCUGACUGAUACCGUGAGAAGUUAGUUGACCUGGCAAGCACGUAUGUACUCCCUCCGUUCGGAAUUACUUGCCUUGGAUAUGGAUGUAUCUAGAACUAAAAUACAUCUAGAUACAUUCAUUUCUGCGACAAGUAAUUCCGAACGGAGGGAGUGCCACUUAGAAAUCGGUGUUUCUGAGAGAAUUUCUGUGUACAUAUAUGGCAGUUGGUUUCUUUAUUCGAGACCCAGCUAUCCUUUCACUUA